AUGGCAGACGAGAAACCCUUCAGCGAGCACGACGAGCAGGCAAAAACAGAGGAACCACUCCAACUCGACGUCCCGCGAGUAACAUGGUACAAACACCCGGGCCUGCGGAAACUCUACCUGAUGAUGCCCAUCCUGUUCCUAGGGGCGACGGUGAAUGGCUACGAUAGGAGUUUGCUUAAUGGACUGCAGACGUUACAGCCGUGGCAGGAAUAUAAUAAUCACCCGACCGGCUCGCGACUCGGCCUGUUCAACGCCAUCUACAACAUUGGCGGUCUCUGUGCCCUGCCGUUCAGUAGCUACGCGGCUGAUAUUAGGGGUGGGCCUAGCUUGCCUGCAGGAACCCUAUGUCGAGAGGGAUUUUCGGCAUGGGGGAUAUCUACUAUACUGGCCUGA